AUGUUAAUAAAUGACUCUGAUUCUAAUCACCUUAGCUCUUACAAUGUUACUAUAACCUGGUCUAAUAAAGAUGAGUUUGAGUUAGAUACACCAGAAAAAAGUUGGGUGUGGUUUUAUUUUAGACGAAGCCAGCCUGACAAAAAGAUAUACUGCCAAGUUAAAGUCACGAAUGAUGAUAGUAAUGAAGAAUCCUGCAAUCACGAUUACGAAUUAACAACUGGAACAGGAAAUUUAAAGGCACAUCUUCACCAAAUUCAUAAAAUUUUGCCUCCUGAAAAUAACAAUAGCAAUUCAUUAACCAAAAUUGUUUCAAACCAGUCAUCAUUAGAUGAUUUUAUGAACAAAAAAACAUCUCUACCUUUUUUAAAACAAGAAAAAAAUUGCAAAUCGUAUUUUAGCUUGGAUUGCUAUAUGGCACAUAUGAUUCAGCUUGCAUUAGGAGAUAGAUUUAAUAUUACAGAAAUUAAUAGCUUGAUUAGUAAAGCAAAAGAAUUAAAUAGUUAUGUAAAUGGUAAAGAUAAAUACCAUGAGCAACUUCGUAUAUUACAAGCAACAUUAAAUCCACAACAUUUAAUUAGCUCUCUUUUAAGUAAUACUAGAACCUGCUAG